GAACUCGCUGUGCUCUUGCCUCAUGUCACUUUUGAGAUUCAUUUUGUUGGUGACAACUUACCCCUGGAAGUGGACGAACAGCAGUUCAGCCUUCAGAGAAAGGAUGGCCAGGUGUGUGUGGUGAACCCCAACAUCUGUAUCAGUGAGGAGAGGGCCGACCGGAGAAACAUUCGCAUCAAAGUCUGUUCGAAACCUUACCACAUGCUUCAGGGACCGAAGGCAGAUCUGGUGAUUGGGUUUAAUGUGGGGUUUGGACUGAGUGGAACCUGGUUACGUACUCUACCCAGGCUGCAGUCUCUUCGCGUUCCAGCUUUCUUCACAGAGUGCAGUGAGUACAGCUGUGACAUUGACAACCAGACCAUGAGCACUGCAGCAGGAGGAUCGAUCAGCCAACCCAUCAUUAACCCCUUCCGCUCUCCCUUUCGAAUCAUUGGCAUCGAUAACAAGCUGCCCUGGUACUCCAAUGCUUACCUCUUCCACCUGGUGUACAAAGCCAACCCAGUGAUGAGCAGACAGCAGCCUCCCCCCACCCCACAGGCAGCCAGUGACCCACUCAGCACCCCACCCAAGGAAAUCCUGGACUGCAGCCGCAGGAAGAAGGAGAAGAAGCGGAACAACCUUCGCCGUCGGAAGUGA